UACAUCUGCUGUAGAUCAUCCAGAAGAGCGGGAUGUGCGUUUAACAACCUGUCCGUGUUAUUCCACAGCUCAACAACAGGAAGAAAGAACACUGGAAAGCCAGUGGUUUAUAGCAGCUUAUAUGCAUCCCAUUUUUAUCACUAAUUGAUUUUCUACUCAAGGAUGGAAAUCAAAUAGAGGGGGAUUUUCUGAAGUUUUGCAGAAGCUGCCACUGGACUGCAUGGGAUAACAGUGUGAAAAAAACAUUGCAACGAGGUAAAUGAUGAACAGUAAAAGCAUCGAAGUGCACUAGACUGUUUCUGAUUCUGGAAAUCAGUGGAUCGUUUUAUUAAAGCACUUUUUUGUUUUCGCGCACUCGGGACUCUUGCGCAUCCGUCAUUUUCAUUGCACUGAUUCAGGACGGCAUCAAAAUCUCUCUUGAGCGGAUUUUAAAAAAGUCAGAGCUCUUUGAGUCAGAGGAUGGAGGAGCAGAUUCAUCUGAUGCAGACCCUGGGCGGCGUGACCCUCACCGGACACCCGGUGGCUUUACCGGUGCCUCAUGACGGAACCGACGCGAGAAACAAGCAGGACAUCGGAGACAUUCUGCAUCAGAUCAUGACCAUCACCGACCAGAGCCUGGACGAGUUUAAAUAUUUUAAAAAAAAGCAUGGGCUGAACUGUCACAGAAUGAAACCGGCUCUGUUCAGCGUGCUCUGUGAAAUCAAAGAGAAAACAGGUCUCAGUAUCCGUGGCAGUCAGGAUGAAGAUCCUCCGGACCCUCAGCUCAUGCGUCUGGAUAACAUGCUGCUGGCAGAGGGCGUGUCCGGACCAGAGAAGAGGGGCGGGGCAGCGGCGGUUGCUACGGCAACAGCAGCAGUGGGAGUGGGAGCUGAUAACUCCAUCGAGCACUCGGACUACAGAGCCAAACUCAGCCAGAUCAGACAGAUCUACCACACCGAGCUGGAGAAAUAUGAGCAGGCGUGUAAUGAGUUCACUACCCAUGUGAUGAACCUGUUGAGGGAACAGUCUCGCACGCGACCCAUCUCACCCAAAGAGAUCGAGCGCAUGGUGAACAUCAUCCACCGCAAAUUCAGCACCAUCCAGAUGCAGCUCAAGCAGAGCACCUGCGAGGCCGUCAUGAUCCUCAGGUCUCGCUUUCUCGACGCCAGGAGAAAAAGGCGCAACUUCAGCAAGCAGGCGACAGAGAUUCUGAACGAGUAUUUCUACUCUCACCUCAGUAACCCGUAUCCCAGCGAAGAGGCCAAAGAGGAGCUGGCCAAAAAGUGUGCCAUCACUUUGUCACAGGUUUCUAACUGGUUUGGUAAUAAACGUAUUCGCUAUAAGAAGAACAUCGGUAAAUUCCAGGAGGAGGCGAAUCUGUACGCAGCGAAGACGGCAGUGACGGCGACUCAAGCUGUAGCGGCCGCUGUACACAACAGCCAGACCAACUCGCCCGCAACGCCCAGCUCUGGCUUUCAGAUGAAAGAUGAAGACUUUCACUUGGAUGCGGGAGAAGAUAAAAAUAAUCUGUUUAACAACAUGUUCACGGGUUCUUCGGGUUCGUAUAGUUUGCCGGGUUCAGGAGACAUUUUUAUGAGCAUGUCCGGCCUGAAUGGAUCCUACCAGCCAACCCAGGUCCCCAACACAGGACAGACACAGGCAGACUCCAUACGUCACGCCAUUGGUCAGUCGUUGGGUUACAGCGACGGUCUGCGGGGAAACCCGCUUUACAGCCCACAUGGCUUGAACGGUAACGGUGGCUGGCAUGAUGCUGUCACUCCGUCUUCUGUGACAUCUCCUAUAGAGGGAGCAAACAGCGUUCACUCGGAUACCUCGAACUGACCAGGCCUGCCGUCUGAAGUCCCUUAACUAACCCACAGGACAACCAACACCACCCAACAAAAUCUCAGACGAGAACUUAGAGAGAUGAUUGAGAUAAUGAAACAGACUCUUACACGCUUACUUUGACCAAAAGAGCACCACUUUGCAAAAAUGAACUGAUAGGAUUGACGGUACCAGUUUUCUUUCCAAAACUGGUGAUACCUCAAUAAACAUGCCCAACAUGUACGAUUGUGGAAACAAGGGAUGCUUUUGUCAUAAUCUCUGUGAACAUCUUUGAAUACGUUUAAAAAUAUAUCAUGAUUUAAAUUUACUUGUAACA